UCUCUCUUAGAAGCAACUUCGAAUUUUGUGUUUUUUUACUUCUUCAAACACAACCCAGAAAUCAAGAACAACGUUUGCAGAUUCCUCAUUGAUUAAAUUCUUAAUAUUUGUUCUUAACCCUUCAAUUUUUUUUAGUUUCACCCUCUAUCAAAAGAUGAGCUUUCAGGAUUUAGAAGCGGGGAAGCCAUUGAAAGCGCCGCAACAAAGGAAUCUGAUCAACGGAAACAGAGAUGAGACACAAGCGGUGGCUUCCGGUAUUUUUCAGAUCAACACAGCGGUUUCUUCCUUUCAGAGGCUUGUUAAUACCCUCGGCACGCCUAAAGAUACCCCGGAGCUUCGUGAUAAGCUGCACAAGACAAGAUUACAUAUUAUGCAAUUGGUUAAAGACACUUCGGCAAAACUUAAGGAAGCUAGUGAAACUGAUCAUGGUAGAGAUGUUGCUCAAAGUAAGAAGAUUGCAGAUGCUAAACUUGCCAAAGAUUUUGAAACUGUGUUGAAAGAGUAUCAGAAAGCACAGCAUAUUGCUGCUGCAAGAGAAACUUCUUACACUCCUUUCGAUUCAAAAGCAGACCUUUCUUCAAGUGAGGUAGACAGUGACUAUAAUAGAUCACAAGAGCAGCGUGUCCUCAUGGAAUCUAACAGGCAAGAACUUGUGUUGCGUGACAACGAAAUUUCCUUCCACGAAGCAUUGAUAGAGGAAAGAGAACAGGGAAUACAGGAAGUUCAGCAGCAAAUCGGUGAAGUAAACGAGAUUUUCAAAGAUCUUGCGGUGUUAGUUGAAGAUCAAGGAGCCAUGAUCAAUGAUAUCGGUAGCCACGCCGAGAAUGCAUAUUCAGCAACAGCUCAGGGAAAGUCCCAUCUCUUGAAAGCAUCCAAGACACAAGGAUCAAACUCAUCCCUGAUGUGCUUGCUAAUGGUGAUAUUUGGGAUCAUUCUUCUCAUUGUUAUCAUAGUACUAACAGCUUGAGAUGGCCAGUGCAACAUAUUUGUGGUCGUUCAUUCGAGAGAAAGUCUUUUUUUUUGGACAUAGAAAUCUGAGUAUGCAAAGCCAUACUUGUGUAUGUAUAUUAUUCAAUCUUCUUUCUUGUUGUUACUUUGGCUUAUGUGGAUGUUGAUGGUAAUAAAGAAAAGGCAUAAAUUUGA